GAACCAUUAUCCGAAAUAAGCUAUGAAAGCCAGGAAACUGCCUCAAAAGCCCGGGUCCAGAUCAUCCCCCUCCUCCCGAAGCACCUCGGACGUUUGUCUCCCUCGGGCGCAGGGGACCAUUGCUUCCUUUCUCUCCGCUCUCUUUUUUCGGAAAAAAAAAAAGUUCUGAGGGAAGAGGUUAAGCGAGCGGGCGUCAGCGUCGAGGCGCGCGCUCUCCGUCUUUCUGAGGGAAGAGGGGAAUGGGCGGAGGGGAUCUCUUCGAUCACCGAGCAGUGAUGGAUUCCGACUUCUCCGGGGCGAGCAGAAGCGACCAGAACUUCGAGUUCGCCUUCAACUCCAGCAACUUCUCCGACCGGGUGCUGCGGAUCGAGAUCAUGGCGGAGCCGCCGGGGAGCAAGUCCGAAGGAGAGGGUGCCGCCGCUGACGGGGAGUGGGCGCGGCACCCAAAGCGCAAGAGGGACGAGAUCAAGAAGGACAUAGAGUCUGCAAAGUGUCAGCCAGAACAUAUUUUGAACUGUGAUCAGCCUGACACAGAGGAUUGUGUGGCUUAUGAAAACAAUGAUGAGGAAGUGGUAGCAAUGAUUGAAGAAUCACCACCAAAUGUUGGUCAAGAUGGUGAUGAUUCACAAAGUAAUGAUUCAACUUGGAGCAUGGAAUGUUCUCAUGUUCUGAGAGUUAAAUCUAUUUACAUCAGUUCUGCAAUACUGGCUGCAAAAAGCCCAUUCUUUUACAAGCUUUUUUCAAAUGGCAUGAGAGAAUCUGACCAACGGCAUGCUACCUUAAGAAUCAGUGCAUCAGAGGAAGCUGCUCUUAUGGAGCUCCUAAGUUUUAUGUACAGUGGAAAGUUGUCAACCACCUCACCUACCCACCUGCUGGAUGUGCUUAUGGCUGCCGAUAAGUUUGAGGUUGCCUCUUGCAUGAGGCACUGCAGUCAGGUACUUAGAAGCUUGCCAAUGACUACAGAAUCUGCACUUGUAUAUCUGGAGCUCCCUUCUAGUGUAUCAAUGGCCUCUGCUGUCCAGUCAUUGACUGAUGCAGCCAAGGAGUUCCUUGCCAAUUAUUAUAGGGACAUAACUAAGUUUCAGGAUGAAGUGAUGAAUCUUCCUCUCGCUGGCAUUGAAGCUAUCCUGUCCAGCAAUGACCUCCAGAUGGCAUCAGAGGAUGCAGUCUAUGACUUUGUGCUCAAGUGGGCACGUGCACAGUACCCAAAGUUGGAGGAACGGCGUCAGAUUUUAGGGUCCCGCCUUAUCCGUCUCGUACGUUUUCCUCAUAUGACUUGCAGGAAGCUUAGGAAGGUUCUUACAUGCAAUGACCUGGACCAUGAGCUUGCUUCCAAGGCUGUCAGUGAGGCUCUCUUCUUCAAGGUGGAUGCCAUGCACCGCCAACAUGCCCUUCCUACGGAUGAGCCAACCUGUCGGCAGUUUGUUGAGCGGGCAUACAAGUACCGUCCUCUGAAAGUUGUGGAGUUUGAAAGGCCCCACCCACAGUGCAUCGUCUAUCUGGACCUGAAGCGGGAGGAGUGUGCCAAAUUGUUCCCUUCAGGCCGGGUUUACUCUCAGGCAUUCCACCUUGGUGGGCAGGGCUUCUUCCUCUCAGCUCACUGCAACUUGGAUCAGCAGAGCUCAUUCCACUGCUUCGGGCUUUUUCUCGGGAUGCAAGAGAAGGGCUCCAUCAGCUUCACGGUAGAUUACGAGUUUGCUGCAAGGACCAGGCCAUCCGGAGAGUUUGUCAGCAAGUACAAGGGCUACUACACUUUCACAGGUGGGAAGGCGGUUGGGUACAGGAAUUUGUUUGCCAUCCCAUGGACAUCAUUCAUGGCCGACAAUAGCCUAUUCUUCAUCAAUGGCAUUCUUCACUUGAGGGCUGAGUUGACCAUCAAGCAGCCAUCAGCACCUUAGCUGAACCAUGGAUCUGCAUCUGUACAAAAGAUCAGUCUCAUGAAUGUGCCAUUGGCAUUGUACAUAUCACAGAUUCUAUUGGUAGGCGUGUGUCAGCCUCUUUUGUUCUCUUGACAAAUUUCAAGUGCAAGGAUUGGGUUGCUGAUAUGGUGAUAUACGAUCUCCCAUCUGGGAGGAAAUCAUUAAACUCCUAAAAGUUUAUCCAUUUCUAUCUUCAGAUCUCA